AUGAGUGCGACCAAAGUCGAGCCAAACCCGGCUGCGGACUCUUCGCGAUCCCUCGUAGUCAUGGGGAGGCUACCUAGUGACGCUGAUGCGGGGUCGCGCUCAACGCAAUCGCUGCGUUCGGCCGAGGGGCGGCGGAAGGUGCUCCGCUGGCUCCAGGCGUCCGGUUGGUGGCACCCCGUAGACAAGCGCUGGGAUAGCACGGCGAGCACGCUCGACGACGUCGAUGAACGUUACUUGUCUCCGUGUUGUUCUUCACGGAAAGUUGCUCGUGUGGAAAACGAGAAACUUACGCAACCGGGCAGUGGCGCAGAGGACAAUCCUCUUCAGCGUCAUCUUUGCAAAGACGGUGCCCUGUCACCGAACUCGAGACCUUCAAACUGGGAAACACUGGAUUUCCCGCAGCUGCCAGCGCACAUACUAUCGAUUUUAUCGCGAGCGGAGGAGGAGCUGAUGAAGAGCAGCCAUAAGAACAAGAGCGUGGAAAUCGGAGACACCGUAUCACUGGACCCUGAUGAUGCUGACUGUCGAUGCCGCGAUCAAUCCGCUCAAUCCACGACUGAAAGCCAAACACCAGAGAAAGCGAAAUGCACGGCGUUGAUACCACUAGACCAUAAUUCCGAGGCCUUCGAUCCUGAAGGCGAUCUCGGUCACACAUCAAAAGCGGUUGAAAACGAGGCAUGCCCUGCGUACUUGCCGGACGCGAGCUCACGGGUAUCAACACCAGCCCAACCGCGAAGGCGUUUAACAGGUGCACAGCGACGGCGAUUCGAUCGGGCAUGUGAAGCUGCCCAGCAACUCUUGUUUCGACACGAUUGGAAGUCUGUAUCACAACAAACGAAAGAAACCGCCAUGAUAUCAAGAACCGAGGUAUCUCCGCAGACUCCGAAUCUGUCGCCGUUGUCUGCAGACCGCCUGUCGCCAACGAAGCGGCGACGACGUGCUCACGCAGCCGCGGUAGUGACACCAGAGCCCAAGUCGUCCGUGCGUGCUAAAUGGCCGGCUGUCGUUCCAGCGCAACGACGUCUCUGCUUUGAAAGCUCAUCUGAAUCGAAUUCGAGCGAAUUCCUCGAAAGCGAAGAAGAAACCGUGACAGAGGAAAGCAGUACCACCUCCAGCGCGGAUGUGGCUGGAUCCAUGACCAGCCCGCUGGUGCGCGCACGCCAUACACCGGUGUCUCUGCGUGCCGCACAGCCUUCGAGUGCUCUUUCGAGAUCCACUGCAACCCAACGGGCACGUCAGCGACGCUCCAAGUCAGAGGAUGCGUCCGGUGCGACGCUCCAGGGCGAGCAUGACAAGAUCCAGCGCAUUUCCCGACAGCGGCCCAAGUCAAGCGGGCGCAAUCGGGGAUCCUCUGCCAACCGGGGAAACAGGGAGCCAGCCGAGCGCGCAACACGAUCAACGAACACUCGCGAGGCCUCGCCUAAUAAGCGGAAUGCCCGCGCAAACACCACGAACGAAAUGAUUGCAGACGAAUCCAGUGCUGUUACCUCGACAGCCAAGUCCAUGCGUCGCGGAAGCGCGCAAAAGUCAGAGGCAGCGAAAAAGUCUCCACAACGGACGCGCGGCGCAUCGUUAUCCGCUAUGCCGAAGGCAGAUUCCAAGGCCACAGUGUCGUCGCAUGAGGAGCACGCCCCAGAUUACUGGCAAGCGCAGCGAGAGCGAGCAUCCGCCCGUCAGGCGGUAUUCUACAAUGCACGCUACUGGUCCCAGGCCAACAUGGCAGCAUACGUCGCGCGACUGCACACGAUUCAGGCACGAACGUAUCCGCACCUGAGCGUUUCCCCGUUGCUGCUCACCGGAGCGACACCGCUGAGUGCGUGCUCGGCGUACCCGCAGCAUCCGCUGGUGCAGCACCUACCGGCUGAGGCGUGUCGAUUCGACCCGCGAGCCUCCGGUCGAACCGUACCAUGCGCAGCAUCGGUACCGGUAUCGUCGCUGUAUGCCGGUCCAAUGGCGAAUCAGACACUUGCCCAGAGCGUUUCGACCACCGAGAGUGAGUCUGCUGGGUCCAUUCCAUCGGCUGGGAUGCGCACGCCAUAG